CGGCAAAAAUUCCUUAACUCAAGCAUACCCCGGCAAUGCCGCACACAACAACCACAAUCACACACAACCGAACCACACGACAACCACGACGCUGCUCACUCACUCUCCCUUCCAACGCCCGCCUCUUCCAAUCCAACUCGUUUUAUGACGACGCCAGCGCCGGCGGUGCCGGCCACAGCAGCCCGACUGGUGCAGGGGGUGCAGUGCGACUUCAAGCGGUUUGGGGAAGCCGCGGACAAGAAGAAGUGCGUCCUUGAAUUUGCGGAUGGGGGCGUGUUCUCCCGCAUUCGCAAGAGGGACAUUGAGGAGCCAAAGCCGGCGUUCAUGCCGGCAGAUGCCACGCCGGCCUGCCGCCCCCAGCCGGGGAACCCCACGGCGCACUUCUUUGUCGUGCACAUCACAAGCAAGCAUUCGGACAGCAAGAUUGGCGUGGGCAUUGUGCCGUGCUCGACGACGGAGCAGAGCACGUCCAACACGAGCAUGCAGGAGCACUCCAUCCGCUUCUACUCCGAUGGCCGGCUGUGCAAGCGGCGCCAGUUCCCGCUCAAGCAGCUGCCGCCAGCCAACAAAGGUUCUCGAAUCCUCGUUGUCUUGGACUGGCAACGAGGCAAGGUCAUCUUCUUCGUUGGCCACCAAUCCGACACACACAUGCAUGCUCUUUCCCACGCGGCGCAGCUGUACUCAUACCAGCAAGUGUGCACGUAUGCUCUCUCCCCUGACAUGAGCAAUGGCGUGAACCCGCUCGUUCUCCUGACAUACCCUGGCGACUGCGUGGAGUUUGUGCAUGAGCAGGAGUCUGCAGUGAAGGGCUUGCUUCUCGCCAGCUACAUGUCUGACAUCUCGCGCCACGACGAGCACGUGCAUCCCCUGCCAGACACGCAAGAAGUGGGCGUGAGCACGGAUCCAGCGGACCUAUCGGAAGCCGACGCCGCCAAGGCACUCAAGGAAUACGCACGUGCACCAUUCAAAGACGUCCUCGCCGCCCAACAAGCGCUUGAGGUUGCGUGCUCGGAGUUGGAGCAGCAGGCCGAAGAGAAGCUCUUGCAAGUGGAGCAUGCGACGCGCCGGUGCAAGAUGGAGGCUGACAUGGACACGCAUUUUGCCAUGCGCAACGCUCAAACGCUCGCAAACGCCUAUCUUCGCCAAGCACGCGUUGAAGUUGACAUGCACUACAGCGAACAGGCGGCCUUGCUGCGGCAACCAGAGCCCCAGGCACACCGCCACACAAUUGCCAGCAGCAGCAGCAGCAGCAGUCGGAGGAACAGCAGCAGUAACGGUGGCAGUGGCGGUGCUGUGCGUGCGGUUGCCAACGGGCACGUGGCAAAGCGGAGCAAACACGGGAGCAGGAGUGAUGGUGAUGGCGUGUCGUCACAGGAAUUGCAGUCGCUCGUACGAGAGGAGUUGGCCAAGUGCAAGCUGAUGCUCGAGUACCUUGACAGCAUCGCCAUGCAGCCGCCUCGCAAGGCACACGCACUCCCCCCGCAGCUGGCUGGCCUGCAGUCGCGCCCGCGCUUCACCCCUGCAGAUGUGAGCAGCUUACCAUCGAGCGUGCAGUGCGUGGAUGUGCAGUCGUUUGUAUCGGAACAGGGCGGCGUCAACGACCACAAUGCCUUGCCGAUUCAGCACACGGACGAUGUCAUCCAGCUGUGAUGACUGCAUCUGCGACACGAGACACACCUUCUGUUUGUCUCAGCCUUCCUCGCUCGCUUGCUCGCUCGCUCGUACUAGCUUGGCUGACUGACUUGCUUUGCGCACUUCUAAUAAUCACAAUCGUUUAAUGGCAUGUGCUGGGCGCGUUGUAUUGCGUUUUGCUAUGUCCCCUGCAUAAGUAAAGAUGUAACACGAC